AACGGCGCGUGAGGGGACGGGAGGAAAAAAGGAAAAGAAAAGACGAGGCCUCGCCCCUCCGCCGCGUGACGUCACCGCGUGAGGUCACCGGGCCCGAAGAUGAUGCGUCGGUGACGCGGGCCUCGCGUCCGCCACGGCCGGGGACCGUCACGGUGUUGCUAUGGCAACACCGCCUGCUGGGUCAGGGGGUCACCGCGCGGCCUGGGCCUUUCAGAAAGAGCAGCAAAAGUAAACCGCCAGAAGGAUGCUCAGACUCGCAGGACGGAUGCCGUUUGCCUUUCAGUUGCCAAGGAGAAACAUGGUCUCCCCUCCCUGGAUAACGGUCCUAGGAAAUGCCUGCAAGGGGGGCUGCCCAGCAGGUGACGUCUGAGCCUGCCCUGGUCUGCAUCUCCCUGGAGGAGGUCCCGGAGAAUCCGCAAGGAGUCGGCGGGUGUGGUGAUGGAGAACUACGAGCUGGUCACUUCCCUGGGCUACCCGGUUCUCAAACCUGAUCUCCUGUCUCGGAUCGAGCGUGCUGGAGAGCAGUGUGUUGGUGAUCAGCUGGACUCUAGCAGAGGGAUCCCAACAGAUCCCUGCCCAGGCUACCGGUUCUUCAAACCCGAGAGCUUAUCCUGGAUUGAACGGUGGGAGGAGCUUGGCGUCACGGAUCGCCAGAAGCUGGAGGAAGGCAAGCUGUGCACAGGCUCCUGCCAAGGAGCAGCCGGCCGCGGCAAGGCCAUCAAGGAGGAGGAAGGUGGCCAGAAGGGCUUUGUGGCCAGCUUGGAGCGCUACCAGCUCUUCCCCGACAGCUCUCGAGCGGGCCUUUUCCUGGCGCCCAACGCCGCCCAGCUGCGGGCGCAGCAGCCUCGUGUCAAGAAGGAGGAAGCGGCCUCGUGUGAGCCGGGCCUGUGUGGCCCCGGGCGCCCCUCUCAGGGCCUGGGCUCAGGCCCUUUCGCCUGUGUGGUUUGCGGGAAGUGCUUCCGCCAGAAGCAGGGCCUCAUCACGCAUGGGCGCAUCCACACGGGCGAGAAGCCCUACCCGUGCCUGGAGUGCGGCAAGCGCUUCCGCCAGCGCCCCAACCUGCUGACGCACCAGCGGGUGCACACGGGCGAGCGGCCCUUCCCCUGCCUGCGCUGCGGCAAGCGCUUCAGCCAGAAGGCCAACCUGGCGGCCCACCAGCGCACCCACGCCGUCCAGGAGGGGCUGAUCGCCCCGGAGCCCAAGACGCCCGUGCCGCGGGGCAGCCGCCAGACGGAGAAGCCCUUCCCCUGCAACGUCUGCGGGAAGAGCUUCAGCCAGCGCCCCAACCUCAUCACCCACCAGCGGAUCCACACGGGCGAGAAGCCUUUCGCCUGCACCGAGUGCGGGAAGCGCUUCAACCAGCGCGCCAACCUCAUCACCCACCGCCGCAUCCACUCGGGCGAGAGGCCCUUCCCCUGCGCCACCUGCGGCCGCCGCUUCAGCCAGAAGGGCAACCUUGCCGCCCACCAGCGCACCCACUCCCAGCAGAGGCCCCACGCCUGCUCCUGCUGCCCCAAGCGUUUCAAGGGAGAGUCGGCCCUCCGAGCGCACCAGAGGACCCACCGGCAGGUCCUGGGAGCUGACCCGCUGGCCGGAGCCCUCUUGGCGGUGGCUCCCGGCCUCCAGCAGCAGGCCCCCCUCCCCGGGGACCCCACCUCGGCUGCGCAGAGGGCCACGCCGGCCCCCCGCCAGGAUCUGCCCGGGGACCCCACUCCAGGCGUCCAUCGGGCUGCCUCCUCCGGUCAGCAAGCGCAGCAGCAGCAGCAGCAACAACAACAACAACAACAACAUCUUCCCGCGGACCCUCCACCCGGUUCCCACGCAGCAGCGGGCCCCGCUGGACACCUCCAGGGUGUGGCCCCCGGCUCAGAGCAAGGGCCGAAGCUGAGUGCCCCGCCGGCCGUGAUGGACCCCCACGCCGAGAUGCUCCACUGCCAGCGCCGGCUGAGCCUGCCUGUCCUGCCCACAUCCAGCGCCCAUUCCGUGGUGCCCAUGGGGCAGCCGCAGCCCAUCACCACCAAGCCCAAGAGCCUGGCCGGACCGCGGCUGGACGCCCCCGGCGAAAUGCUCCACUGCCUCUGCCACGCCAGCAGGGCCUCCCUGGUCAUUCCUCACCCGCCACACCUGGGGCAGCUCCAGGCGGGGGCCAGGGACGCACCUGGCCGCGCCUGGCUGGGCAUCCCGUGCCCGGCCCGCACCCUGCAGCUCCAGCAGGGGGCCCAGGGCCACCCCGCCGCCCCCAACCCGAGACUCUGCUCCAUCCCGGAUUCCCUGCGAUAG